CCCUUAUGGUGCUCCGGCUUGCCUGAUUAUUCGAAAGAAUUGCCAAGGGUCUCCCACUGUCGCAGAUCUCGCAGCGAAACAUAGCGUUUUGCAGCCCAUACAGCAAGCACUGUAGGAACAGGUACACAUCCGAAGUACCGGACCCUGUCCCCCUCCUAUCCUCGCCUACCUCCUACAGAAACAGCUGAGACCACUGUAUUUCGGGGUUAAUACGUCAGUGAAGUCAAGUUAACAAAACAAAGCCUCCAUACGGUCAGACUAAUUCGCGUCGCCCACAUUAUUUUUUUCAUUUCUAUCCUAUCAGUGGAAGUAUCUAAGCUUGAACGGUGUCUCGCAUCAGAUCCACGCCCAUUAUCGUGUUCAGUACGGCGCGAAGACGGUAUUUGGAAGAAGGGGUCAGACUCGUCUAAGCACAGCCCCCCUCAAACGUAGCACCUUGGCUGCGCCACGCUGUCAGGCAGAUUCGCGGGUCAAGCGCAUUCAACCUUGCCAGACUUGGGAUUUCUAAAGACAGAAACAAUUUACGCGCCAUGGAUCAACAAGCUGUCCAACCCGCAGGGUCGGCUCGUGGCCGCUCACCUUCCGCCGGAAAUCAACAGCCUCAUAUAAGAAAUAGUCAUUCUCCUUCGCCUCAUCCAUAUCAAUCCCCGGAGCCAUCUAUCGGCCUCGGCAUUGGUAUCGACCCCUCGUCAGCAAGCCCCCAGUUCAACACCUCCGACUUCAACAAUUACGAUAGUAAUAGUGCUGGUAACCAAUAUUUGAAUACAUCACAGCCGCAGCCAUUUCCGGACCCGGCAUCUUUCGACCUUAACCAAGACUACUCUCAAUCCUUGACGUCGCAAUCUCAAGCCGCAUUUUCGCAGAACCUCCUGGCUGGCGAUUUCAGCAACAGCGACUUCUCCCUAUACCCCUCUACUUCUCAGGGCGACCAAUUCAACCCAAGUCCAUUGUUUGGCGACCUCUCCCAAACCAAUGCGCAAUCUCUCGACCCAAACGAUCUGACCAACAUGACGUCCCCACAAACGCAUCACUCUCCUACUCCGCCCCACCUCCUGAAGCCGGAACCCGGUUCAGCGCACCAGUCCCCCGCUUUCAACCAACACCAGUUCUCGUCGCCAGGCCACUCGAGACAUGCGUCGCUAGGUCCCGAGGCGGCUCUCAUGCCAGGGCAGCUGGAUUGGAGCCAGCCCCAGUUCCAAGGACAUCGAAGGACGCCCUCUGAAUAUUCAGAUGCAUCUUCGGCUGCGCCAUCUCCGCAUUUGACAGGUAACGACAGCUUCGAGCACCCGGAGCACGGCCACUCUCCCAUGCAAAGACCUCAAGAUGGCUUUUAUGACCCCGUCAUGGGGUUGGGCAACUUUAGUAUAACAGGUUCCAACCAGAACAGCCGGAGCCCGUCCCAUAGCCCAGCUAUCUCCCCUCGAAUACUCCCUCAACAAAUGCCCGAUGCCACUCAGCAAGGCAUGAUGCUGAAUGCCGGGUACCCAAAUCCUCCAACUAUGGGUUAUCCCGUCCAAGGUUCGGAGGAAUUCCCCUCUCUAUCUUCAGACGGAGUCAUAGACCCUACGAUAACUCAGCCAAUGGCUCCGCCGUCAAUUAACAUUGACUUUGCUCCCAAUUCGAGACAGAACAGCUUUGAACCUCCGAAGCCACCCAUGGAUGCCCAGUCCUUAACACCACCCGAUCGAGGUCGACCGCGAUCGCGUCCACGAGCUGUCACGGAUCCCUACAAUAGUGGUGGGGCAGUUCUCUCGCGACCUAAUACUCCUGGUAGUCUGUCACCACACCUUGGCGCUGACUUGGCUAGCCGCAACCGCUCUGGUUCCGAGUCAUCGGCCCGAUCACUUUCACCCGGCGAUAGAUCUGGUAGCGCCAACGCCGUAUCCAGAAGGCGCCAAUCAAUGUCGGCUGUCCCCAACAAUGUGAUAGCACUCCGCCUUGCAGAUCCUGAAUAUCAAGCUGCCCAGGACAACGGAAGCACGAAGCGAGUCCAGAAGCAUCCUGCCACAUUCCAAUGUACUCUCUGUCCGAAGCGAUUUACUCGGGCGUAUAAUCUUCGUUCUCAUCUGCGUACACAUACCGAUGAGAGACCAUUCGUAUGUACGGUUUGCGGGAAAGCUUUCGCCAGGCAGCACGACCGAAAACGUCACGAAGGCCUCCAUUCUGGCGAAAAGAAAUUCGUCUGUAAAGGAGACCUAAAGGCGGGCGGUCAAUGGGGUUGCGGUAGGCGAUUUGCUAGAGCAGAUGCGCUUGGCCGUCAUUUCCGAUCCGAGGCGGGCCGAAUAUGUAUAAAGCCUUUACUAGACGAAGAAAUGAUGGAGAGACAACGGAUUUGGCAAGAACAGCGGAUGCAAAGCAUGGCGCAAAACAUGGCCCAGCCGCAAGUCAUGGAUCCCAACGUUGGUUAUCCCGGGAUGGAUACAGGUUACGGCUUGCCUGCCGCUUUGUUGGCACAGUACCCAGCAUUGGCGCAGAUGAAUUGGGCGCCGAACGAAAUGGGUAACGUGGACGAAGAACUCAGCGGCCGCUCCAGCUUCGAUGCCUCGGAUUAUGAUGACGGUGACGACACGGGCUACGUCAGCGGUCCGGGAACGGGAUUCGGUGAAGGUGGCUUGCAGCAGAAUUUCGGCGAAUCAAUCGGUUAUGCUAGCGACUAUGGCGGUCGGUAGAUGACUACUGAUUCAUCUAGUUGACUGAUUACACACACUUAAACUUUCGGAGUCUGGUAUUAAUAUUUGACUGGAUGUUUAAACGACUACAAGCUACACAUGGGAUUUUGGGCGCAAAGCGGGAUGAUUUUAUGAUGACCUUUUACUUCCUCUAUUGAGGAUUUUACCCCCUCUUAGACGGCAUGAUAGAUACCAAUAUGAGUUAUAUGCUUUUUUUCUCUAUCUCUGGCAAUGCAGGCUUGCGCUUUCGAUAAUGAAUAUGUCAUGUUUUGAUCUUGCG